AUGAGAAGGGAGAGAAGACUGGGAACAUCAAGGCAUUGGGGCAAUUGUACUGUUGCAGGGACAAUUGAUUAUGAAAAGGACAGAAGUUGUGAGAUAGACAUCAAAGCCAUGGAUGGAGGGGGGCUCUCUGCUUACUUCAAAGUCAUUGUGGAGGUUGAGGAUCAAAAUGACAGUGACCCAGAGGUGACCCUCACAUCCAUCGCCAGCCCCCUACCAGAAGAUUCUCCCCCAGAUAAGGUGGUGGCCCUUUUCCGUGUCACAGAUCAAGACUCUGGAGAUGCUGGCAGAACUGCUUGCACUAUGGAGACAAACUUACCAUUUGUAUUUAAAGCAUCUGUGAAUAAUUACUAUCAACUAGUGACCCAGCAGCCCCUUGACAGAGAAAAAGCCUCUGAGUACAACAUCACCAUCACAGCCAGAGACCAGGGCUCUCCCAGACUCACUUCAACAAGAAUAAUUAAUGUCCAAAUAUCGGAUGUCUAUGACAAUGCUCCAUUAUUUGAUAAGUCAUUAUAUGAAAUGCAAAUACGAGAAAAUAAUAUUCCAGGUCUGCUGAUCGGAUUGGUGCAGGCUGAUGACCUGGACACAGAGCGGAAUGCCGAAGUGACGUAUUCACUUUUACCUGGAAAGGUCAGUGAUCAACCCGUGUCCAGUUUUGUCUCCAUCAACUCAGAAACUGGGAAUCUGUAUGCCAUUCGAUCUCUGGACUAUGAGCAGAUAAAAGAUUUCCAGCUGUCUGUGAGGGCUGCGGACAGUGGUUCUCCUCCCCUGAGCUCCAAAGUUAAGGUCCAAGUUGUCAUUGUGGAUGAAAAUGAUAAUGCGCCGUUCAUCCUGUACCCUCUUCAGAAUGGUACUUCCCCAUCCAAUGACCUGGUUCCCAGGGAGGCAGAGGCUGGUUACCUGGUCACCAAGGUGGUAGCAGUGGACAGAGAUUCUGGCCAGAACUCUUGGCUUUCCUAUGAGCUCCUAAAGGCCACAGAACCGGGUCUGUUCAGUAUGGGCACCCAGAAUGGAGAAGUAAAAACCAUGAGACCAAUUAACCAACAAGACACCUUCAAACAGAAACUUAUCAUCGGAUUGAGAAACAACGGGCACCCUCCCCAGUCCACCUCUGCAACACUAACUAUUCUACUAGUGGAUGGCUUUUCUGACCCUUACAUGAAAACGGUGGAUAUCCCGAAGGAUGAAGUGGUCAAGGAGGAAGACCGCAGCCUGACUAUGUAUCUGGUCAUAUGCUUGGCUGCCAUUUCAUUCAUUUUUCUUCUUUCUAUAAUUGUGUUUAUUGCUAUCAAGGUUCAGAAAAGGAGAAAGUUCACGGAGAACUCAGCCCUGAAUUUUCCAGUGGGACUAAAUUGCCAAGAGAACUGUGGAGAUGCUGGUGCUGGAAUGCUUUCUCGGGCUUACAACUAUGAGGUGUGCUUAGCUGGAGGAUCUCUGAGCAGCGAGUUCAAGUUUCUCUGUCCUCUCUUUCCUGUGUUUUCGGUGGAGCCUCCUCAAAAUCAGGGGGUUCAAAGGAUUUCAACUGCUUCCCAAGAAGUUCCCAGUUAUGCCGAAAAAAGUGAGCGCAUAAACCAGUUGAGAAUAAUUAAUUUAAUGUAA